AUGAAGCUACGGGUUUUCGUAUUGUUCUUGGCUAUUUCGUUGGUCUUUGUGCGGGCCGAGGAAGAGGAGGUUGAUGUGGAUGAGGAGGAGGAGGAAGUUGAAGUUGAUACAGAAGAUGAGGAGGACAGACCAGCUGACUAUUCUCACGGUAAGUCUUUGUGUAUAAACGCCUCUUUAAAGAUGAGUAUUUACAAUAAAAUCGGAAGCUCUGUAAAUUGAUUAGCAAGAGAUGAAGAGUGUUAUUUGAGAUAGAAUGGGGGUUUCAUUGUACGGAGGUGCCUCUGGGCCUAAGCUUGAAUUCUGAGACUUAUUAGAUUGUUCGCAGACAGGUUUUGUAAGGCAUGGGUUUAGGGUACAAAGGGUUCCCCGAUUUUGAUAUUGUGUACCGAUAACAACGGGAUUGUCAUAACUGUGGCGUUUUAAGAAAUAUGUGGUAAGUUAAAAUUUUGAUUUUCUGGGAUACAAUUUUUUUGCAGCACCGAAAGUCUGGAGAUUUUAAGACCAAGGCAGUUUAGAAACUAGCUAUUUUUUAGGCUCUCGGGGUUGCUUUCUUUGCUAAUUUACCAUCUGUAGGUCCAAAAUAAAUUUUUUGUCAUCAAAAAAGUUAUGCUGUUAUUUUCGCAUUUUUCUGACCACCUUUUUUCUUAUAACUGGUUUGUCUUACAGAGGUUUCAAUUUAGUGUAAUAUCUUCUAAACUUUUUUCUUAAAAAAUCUCUUCGACUAAUCGACAAACCACACAUUUUUUUGCAAGAUUUAGUUUGGUUUUUAUAUUGAGAAAAAUGCUUACUUUUCCCAAUGUCCAAAGAGCAGUAAACAAUAGAAAAAUAUUUAUUUCCAUGUUCUGCACUCAAAUGAGCUUUUCUCAUUUACCAAUUAUCGGGAGCAUGUUUUGAUAACGAUGUGAUAAACAAUGGAAAUAACGGAAAAUCAAAAAAUGAACAUAAAGAAAAAGCAUUGUUUUACAAUUCGCUUUCAGGAUUUGGCACCGACAUUGACUGGGUGAGGUGGGAAGAUGCCAUCGAAUUGAGCAAAAAAGAAGACAAACCGACAUUCUUGUUGAUCCAUAAGACUUGGUGUGGCGCUUGCAAACGUAUGUUCUUUAUUUUUUUCUAUUAAUUAAUUCCGGUAAUCUUUACUGUGGAAUAAAAAGUUCAAGAUUAUUUACAUGAUUAUUUGUCAUCGUUCAAUUUACUUUCCAGGUUUGAAGGAGAGCUUCUUGAGCUCUUCAAAACGCGAUCAACUCGUUGAACUGAGCAAGAAGUUCAUCAUGGUCAACGUCGAAGAUGAUGAUGAGCCAGAAGAUGAGAAGUACGCUCCAGAUGGCAGAUAUAUCCCAAGACUGUACUUCUUAGGUAAGAGUUUUAUUUACCUUGAUUUGAUUUUAUUUCCACCUCAUUUUAGACAAAGAAGGCAACCCUCUCGCUGUUGACAACAAAAAGAACUACCCCAAGAACGCAUAUUACUUCCCGGUGGUCCCAGACAUGAUCAAGGCCAUGAAAAAGGCCCUAAAAUUGUAUGCUGGUGAAGAAGUUGAAGAGAAGAAGCCAAAGAAGACCACAAAGAAGGCCAAAGCCCCCAAGAAGGAGGAGAAAGUUGAGGAGAAGAAGGAAGAAGUGGCUGAGAAGAAGACAGAAGAGGCGAAGAAGGAGAAGAAGACGGUGGAAAAGAAGGCGGCUGAGAAAAAGGAAAAGAAGACUGAUGCUAAAAAAGAUGGUGAAGUAAAAAUUGAGGAAGCGGCGGAAGAGAAGCCAAAAGGAAAGAAACAAAAGAAGACCGAAGAGGAGAAGGAAAAUAAGGUAAAGAAGAGAUUGAUGGUGGGGUUUUGGAAGCUUUUAGUUGAUCAGAAACAGUUUUUUUUUAGUCAAAAGAAGAGACUAUAUACUAGAAUAGAGCACAGCCUAGUUUUUUCGCUGACUCUCGCAAGCUUUGGCCAAAAAUGCUGUUUUUUCCUCAUUUUUGUUACAAAAAUUAUUUUUAAAGAUUUCUAAAGCGUAACAAGCGAUUGUGAUUGCCGCUAUUUAUUCAAUUUUUGUAUUGUGUGUUACUGUGUAUAGUUAACAAUUUUACCUUUGCUUUCAGGAUGGCGAAUGCCCACAUGCCAAGAAAGCCCGAGCCAAGAAAGAAGCCGAGAAGAAAUCAAAAACGACCAAGGCAGAUACCAAGAAAAAGACGGAGCUUUAA